AUUCCUACCCUUCCGCAAUGUUUUUCGACCAGUCUCAAAACAAGUUUACGCAUUGCUCAAGUACAAACUCCUUACUCAGCAAAACAAUAGCGUUGCACUUGCUUCUCGCGCUGCGGUCAAAGUCAAUGCCGUGCCGUCGCCUGGGCUUUGAACCUUUUCCAGCGAAACUACCGCUUCUUCAGUCUAGCUGUUCAGUUCGUUGAGAAAAGAUGGAAAAAUCGUUUUCGAGAACAAUUUUAGGAUUCUGGUUGGUCACGUGCGCCACCAGCUGGGAUCUGUCCAGUGUUGGAGUUGAGGAGUUUUCGUUGAAGCACGUGUCACUGUACAAAUCACGUGCUUUCCUGACGAUUGAGCAUGCGAAUGUUACACUCGUUGAAGCAUCGUGGCCGGAGAACAAACUCGGCGUUCGGCCGAGAAUCAUUUCCGACAGGGAUGGAGAGCUGAACAGCGGAUGUGAAGGUUUGAAGAAGGUUAUUUGGACCGAUGUGGAUCCGGUGGGUCGACUGUGGAUUCUGGAUCGUGGCGAUGAGCAGUGCAAUCCAAAGUUGCUCAUCAGCAGCUUGAUUUUUGCAAGCAGUAAAGAAAUUCGCUACGACUUCAGCGAUUCCAGUAGAGAGCUCCAUUCGAUCGUGGUCGAUCCCAUUCAGGCCAGUGAUGGAGACACGCGAGCUUUUGUAACGCUCGAGAACACCGAUUAUUUGCUAUUUUUCUCGUUGUUCAAGCAAGCCGUUGGAAAGCUACAAUUUGAAAAGAAAGACUUCUCUCGGAUCACGCCGAUUUCCCUGUCCGAGGUGACCAUCAACCAGAAUCGCCUCUACAUCUCGGACAGCCUAACGGGAAGGUUGUUUUCCCUGCCAGUGAAGACCAUCCGCCAGCUUACCUUUCCCGAGGACGACGUUCAGAAAAUGGUCAUGAAGACCAACGUGACCUACCUGGGGAGGUUGCUGGGACGCGCCAGUGGGCUAAAGCUCGACCUCCGGGACAACCUGUUCUACAUCAUUCCGCGGGACGGGGCCAUCGUAAAGUGGAAACCGGGCCGGGCGUUGAAGGCCGAGAAUCACUUGGUUAUUUUUCAACGUGAAAUUAACGUCAGUCAGGUUAUACUGGGAGGGCCAGGAAAGACGUGGGCCGUUGCCAGUCAGAUUGCCACUGAUGAAACGAUGCGGCAUUGUGUACGAAUAAAUUCUUGA